AUGUAUGCAAAGUUUGGGUUUUUCGUCGAGAUCAUGUAUCUGUUUGAUGAAAUGCCUGAACCAGAUGUAGUUUCAUGGAAUGUGGUUAUUGAUGAUUUUGUUAAAAAUGGUUGUUUUGAUGAGGUUUUGGCUGCUGUUAACCAGAUGUGUUUGAACGGGGUUGAGCCUAACGCGGUUACACUUCUUGUACUUGUUUCGUUUUCUUUGAAAAUGGGAGAUUUUGGUUUAGCUGAGAAGUUGUUUGAUACGAUGAAGAUGAAGACGGUUUUCUCAUGGACUUCACUUCUUGAUGGUUUUAUACAAAAGGGUGAACUACAAAGAGCUGUGGUUGUUUUCAAUCUAAUGCCUAAGGAUACUACUGCUUGGAAUGUCAUGCUCACCGGGUAUUCUGAGGCAGGUGAUAUGAGUUCAGCAGAGGCUAUCUUUCGAGCAAUGCCAGAUCGAGAUUUAGUCUCAUGGAACUCUAUGAUUCUUGGUUAUACUCAGAACAAGAUGUAUAUGAAGUCCUUAGAGUUGUUAAGAGAAAUGCUGGGGUUUGGAUUGAGACCUGAUCGUAUAACGUUUGUUGGGUUGUUUUCAGUUUGUGGAUAUGCAGGUGUACUGCAUAUCGGUGAAGCUAUCCACUCGUUCAUGGAGAAACAGAACGUAAAGGAGGAAGAAGUCGAGGUAGCUUUAUUGGAUAUGUACAGCAAGUGUGGUGAUCCUGAGAAAGCUCUUACAGUAUUUUACACGAUACGAAGAAGAAAAUCAGUGUUGGCUUGGAGUAACAUGAUCGUUGGACUAGCGAUGAAUGGUCUUGCAAAUGAAGCUCUUGUGUUGUUUUAUUCUCAUUUAAAUAAAUUUUUACUUGAUAUAGCCUUAAAGCAGCUUUUUAGUAGUAAGUUUCAAAGGUUUGCAAAAGGAUCUUCAUUAGGUAAUGUUUGUGCUAAUUAG